CUCAGCAGCAUGGAGAACCAAACCUUCGAUGCAGACAUUAUAUCCAUCGAGGGGUUAAAGGUCACCCCCCAGGCUUCCAUGCCAGCCUUCGUCCUCCUCCUCCUCAUCUACGUCUUCAUCAUGGUGUCCAACGUGAGCCUGGUGGUGCUGAUCUCCAUGGAGCGCAGCCUCCACCAGCCCAUGUACCUGCUCUACUGCAACAUGGGCGUGAACGACGUGUUCGGGGCCACGGCCGUCAUCCCUCGCCUGCUGAGCGACGUCUUCACUCCGAUCACCGAGCGCUCCAUCCACUACAUCGACUGUGUCGUUCAGGCCUUCGCCACUCACUUCCACGCCGGCACCUCUCACACGGUGCUCAUGAUCAUGGCUUUCGAUCGCUAUGCGGCCAUCUGCAACCCCCUGCUGUACACCGCCAUCAUGACCAACAGGAUGGUGGUGAAGCUGUCGGCGGGGGCCUGGGCGGCCGCUUUCAUCUCCAUCGUGAUCCUCCUGAGCCUCACCGUCCGCCUGACGCGCUGCCGGCGGGUCAUCAUCAACCCGUUCUGCGACAACGCCUCCUUGUUCAAGCUCUCCUGUGAGAACCUGCUCGUCAACCACAUCUACGGCCUCGGCAGCGCCGUGGUCAUCCUGGGCUCCUCCCUCGGCACCAUCACGCUCUCCUACCUGAGGAUCGCCAUCAUGUGUUGCAGCAGCAAGAGCAAGGGGCUGAGCAGCAAAGCGCUGCAGACCUGCGCCACCCACCUGACCGUGUACGUCAUCAUGAUGGUGGCGUCCUUCACCCCCAUGAUCAUUCACCGCCGGCCCGAGUGGGCUGUCAGCGGGAAGAUAGCGUCCGUCAUGUUCUUCGUCGUGCCCCCGGCCCUGAACCCCAUCAUCUACGGUCUGAACUGUAAAGAGCUGCGACAGAAGAUCGUCAGUGUGUUUCACAGGAUUAAAGUCCAGAACGGUAAAAAACCAUAAGGGGACAAACUUUCCAUAAAUAACUCAUAAAAAUGCUCAAAGUCUCAACAGAGGAAAACCGCAAACUCCUCAACGUCAACAAUCAUCACCUGGAAAUGCAAACAUGAAUUUCUUCCCACACAAAUAUUGUUUUAUAUUAAGUUGAAUUUGAAUCAACAUAUCUUGCAGGAGUUUAAGAGCCUGUAGUUUCUGAGUCAAAUGUUUUCAAAUUUACUGACGAUCAUGAAACUGAAUGUUCCCUCAAUUUUUAUUUUAUUUAAAAAAUAAGCUUUAUUUAUAUUUCCUCAUAUUUUGCUGCUCACAGUGACAUGACUUGUAUUCAAAGUAUCAUAUUUACAUGAUAAUAUUUUUAUAAACCACGGGGAAAUGAA